GCCGAGCGGAAGUGUGUUGGAUUUUCUUUUUUUUUCUUCUUCUUCUCUCCGGUCGUUUCCUCUUCUGUGGCUCUUCGUCCUCUUUUAAAAAAAAAAAAAAUUUAAUCUCCGUGAAGUAACGGCGACAGCGAGAGACAGAAACAACAUUGUGUCGACGGAAACAACACCUUUCCACCCACUAACGGUCUGAGCUGUGAUGGCGGACGGUGGGCAGGUAUAGGGGCAGGAGAGAAAGUCUGAACCCUGAGCAGGAUCCUAAAUGAGGCUGCAGGCACCAUGAGCUGACGACUGUGACAUCUUGUGUUUUAUAUUCUUUUUACAUAUGGCAAGGAUCACUUUUUCCUGCCUGCCGGCGUCCUGGUACUGCAGCGUGUCCCUGUUGUCUCUGGGCUGCGCUCCCAGGCAGAGGCUGCUGCUGCUGCUCCUCUUCAUCACUUCCGCCGUCCUCCUCCUGGGAACCUACCAGAGUAAGCUGUGGGGCCCGCAGCGACGGCCCGGGGCCCGAGUCAACAUGUACCUGUCCAUCGCAGAGUCCAUGGAGGCCACUGACGUCCUCAACCCUGCUCUGAAUUAUGGGAUCGUGGUGGACUGUGGCAGCAGUGGUUCUCGGGUCUUUGUGUACUACUGGCCCCCCCACAACGGGAACCCUCACACCCUGCUGGACAUCAGACAGAUGAAGGACCGCGACCGUAAACCAGUCGUCAAGAAGAUCAAACCUGGUAUCUCCACCCUGGCGAAGAGCCCAACGCAGGCCAGUGACUACCUCCAACCUCUCCUGGGCUUCGCUGCUGCUCAUGUCCCGAAGAACAAACACAAAGAAACACCUCUGUACAUCCUCUGUACUGCUGGCAUGAGGCUGCUGCCAGAGAGCCAGCAGGCAGCCAUCUUGGAGGACCUGGUCACCGAUGUUCCUCUGGAGUUUGACUUCUUGUUUUCCCGUUCCCAUGCUGAGGUCAUCUCUGGGAAGCAGGAAGGAGUGUAUGCAUGGAUUGGCAUUAAUUUUGUAUUGGGCCGCUUUGAUCAUGCCGAUGAGGAGGACGCCACAGUUGAGGUGACAACAGGCUCUCAGAACCAGAAGCCAAUCAGCAGGCGGCGCACAGUGGGCAUCAUGGAUAUGGGUGGAGCCUCACUGCAGAUUGCCUAUGAGGUGCCCAGUGCCAUCACCUUCAGUUCACCACAAGAAGAGGAGGCAGGGAAGAGUGUUCUCGCAGAGUUUAAUCUGGGCUGCGAUGUUGAGCACACACAACAUGUUUACAGAGUCUACGUCACCACGUUCCUCGGCUUCGGAGGAAACAUGGCCAGGCAGCGCUACGAGGACCAGCUGGUCAACAACACACUGGCCAAGAACAGGUUUCUAACCACACAGACGGGCCUGAGUGAGGACAAACCGUACCUGGACCCCUGUAUGCCGGUCGAUCUGUCGGACACAGUUGUGAGAGACAACCGCACGUUGUUUCUGAGGGGUCAGGGUGACUGGGCUCGGUGUCAGGAGGCCGUGCGACCCUUCCUGGGUCUCCAUAACGGCACCAUGUCACCAGGGGGCGUCUAUCAGGCUCCCAUCAACUUCAGCAACAGCGAGUUUUACGGCUUCUCGGAGUUCUUUUACUGUACGGAGGACGUGCUGAGGCUGGCAGGACACUAUGACAGCGAGAAGUACUCCAGAGCCGCGAAGGAAUACUGCUCCACCAAGUGGUCGAUAUUAAAACAGCGUCUGGACAACAAGCUCUUCUCUCCACAGGCCGACAUAAGCAGACUCAGGUAUCAGUGCUUUAAGUCGGCCUGGAUGUACGAGGUGUUGCACUCCGGCUUCCGUUUCCCCACCGACUAUCCAAGUCUGAAAACAGCCCAGCUGGUUUAUGACAAGGAGGUGCAGUGGACUCUGGGAGCCAUCCUGUUCAGAACCCGCUUCCUGCCUCUCAGGGACCUGCAGCAGGAAACGUUGCGGCAGAGCCACUCCAGCUGGUUGCGCUCCUCCUUUGUGUACAACCACCACCUGUUCUCGCUCUGCAUCCUGGUGGUGGUGCUGGCCAUCCUGCUCUACAUCCUGCGCCUGCGGAGGAUCCACCAGCGGGAGCAGCGGCAGGCCGAGGCCCUGAACCUCCUCUGGGUUGAAGAGGGAGAGGCUCUCCUCCCCUGAGAAAUACAUGUGUGUUGGGGAGUGUCCAGACUGAUAACCUGCAGGGUCUUGUCCAAACCACUAAAACUAAAGAAUGCCAGUAUGGAGGACAGAUAAUAGGAACCUGGAAAUUACUCACCUGCCAAGGGUGUGACUGGGUUAAUGGAUAUACGGGAAGACCCAAGAUUUUACUGCGUGGAAAAAACAUCACAGUACAGAGACAGUUUAAUGAGCCUGGAAAUCAAACUGCUCUGUAUAUUCUUGAUUGUGCAGCUUUAAACACAGAGCUCAUCCCCAAUCGGACAGAUGUUCUCUGUGUUUACUCUCUUCUCUUUUAAGACCAUUUUGGAAGAAAAGAAUCGACUUGGCAAUUCUCCAAAGAUUCAGUGGAUUGAUAACUGCUGAGUGAGACAGACAGAGGUGGUAAAACUCCCCGGCAGAGGAGCUUUAACACAGGAAUAUGGAUUUGUUGAAGACGAUUCAACAUCCAUAUGGGAGAAGCUGCCUGAAAGAAAUGCAACUCGUCCCUCAGUGAGCCUGUUAGGAUUCGUUUCUUUCCAUGAAGAAAUAAUUAUGUGGUAGGAAGGUGAUCACAACACCUGCUGGCAGCGGACGGUCGCUCGCUCUGUCCGCAGUGAAACCCUCUCAACCAAUCCAAUCGCUAAAGAGUCUGACAUCAACAUUCACCUUCACUUAAUGCUUAAUCUGGCACCACCAAAGUUACAUUUCAGUUCAUGACAGGACACCUCCAAAACCAUCAAUCUGUCUUCCUAUAGCUGUACUUUAGGCCGUCCUUCCAGGAUUUUGUUUUGCUUUAUUGGUUUUAUUUUUUACAAAACUGUUGAGCCUUUGUUUUCGGGAUAAUUCAUUUAAAAAUUGAAGGCAACUUGUUCCAGUGAGAAUAAAAUCACCAGUAGUUUGGUGACAUACGGCUCAAUGAAAGAGAGAAAUGCGUGGCCCAAAGUUUAGCUAAGCCUUUUAUGUAAUAAUUUAGGCUAAUAGAUCGUAUCGGAUUACACUUUUCCCUUCGUUAUCCAGUCCGGACAGAUACCAAUACUGAGUAUCGGAUCUGCAUAUCCCUACCAGCUGCACCAAUGUUAAAAUGCUAAACAACAUGGUAGUGUUAGCUGACAUGUUACAGUAAGCUCAACUGUAACAGGAUAGUAAUUUUACUCAUAUAGGAGUUCAAUGAAGUCUAACUUAGACUGAAGAAAGCAGAGCAAUAUCUGACAAUGUGGAGAUGAUUUUGAGAAGUCUGAAAUGUCCCAAAAUGGCCACUGUACCUUUCAUACACUUCAUAUCGUCUGUAUAAUUUCCUAAACUUUUUUUUUUGGGGGGGCUCCAGAGUUGUCUACAUCUGUUCCUUUCCUUCAACAUGCACAUAUGAUCUUUGAGUAUCUUCAUCUGACAUAAACCUGACAUUCCCACCUGCGUAUAGAGAGAGCAAAGGUAAAGACGCUGUCACUUUGCCGGGAGCUGAUUUUUAUCUAACCUGAAAUCUCAAAAUCCUUCUUUUACCACUACUAGCAGUGGAAACGUUCACACAGCAAAAGUGAUUUAGCAUUGCACUUCAGUGUGCGGUGAUAUCAUCACAAGUGCAGCAUUGCUUUUCUGCCAUCAAAGAUAUUGUUUCAUCUACACCUCUGUACGUCCCGAUGGGAUCAUUUCCUCGAAAGCAAUCCUGCAGACCGAUGAUGUCAGCUGCCGAGCUCAGGCCUCAGAUUGUGCUUUGAUACUUGAAUGCCACUGUUGUCCUGCCCAGACCCCCGCCAAGCACAGAUUUCUAUCAGAGGAAAGACGGAGCCAGAAGGCAUUUUAGCCCGAAACAAGCGGAGAGAUCUGCUCAGUGUUUGGAUGAAGGCGCUGAAAGCAGACGAAGACCCCGGAGGCCUGAUUAAAGCAGAUGCCGUCUGAUUUCUGAACGCAAUAACUCCAUGAAAGGGAAGAAACUUGUCUCCUGCCAGUGACCAAAAUGGAUGCUGGGCCGUGGCAAGAAGUACAGAAAAGAUCUAUGGUUUUCAAAAUGAACUACUUUAAAGCCAUUUCUGAGGAAAAAAGCCUUACCCUGAGAGAAGGGGUCUAUUUUAUUCCGUUUUUAUGUCUACUGUAUUUCAUAGCUGUAAAUGAAGCCAGUGUUUUCUAGUUGUUGUAUUUUUUGUGACUCGUGGCAUUGUGUUAUGUGCCGACAGACUGAUGCACCAAACCAUGACGAUGCAAAUAUGUGUCUGAGCAGCACCUGGUGAAACUUCCUGAGAAGUUACAUAAUGUGUCGAUCCCACAGUGGGAGAUUUUAUAUGUCUGCAUUUGAUUUGUAAUUCAUUUUUACUGAUUUCAGUCGGAUGUGUGGGACACGAUUCGUCAAACUAAAUGAUGAUGAGUUCAUGGUUUUUAAAGAAAAUGCUGUUUUGUAACCUGUGGUGCUGAUGUUGUAAAAAAAAAAAGAGAGAUGGAAACUGUCUGGGAACUUUCUACAACUUCUGUACUCUGCGCUCUCCUUGCUUUUCUAUCCGUCCUGACACAGAUGAGUCGCGACAUGUCCUUGUCAAACUGUCAGUGUGUGUUUGUAACCUUCGUCUCCUCAUCUGUACUUCAAAAACACUUUUCCACUUGUGAGUCCUGGACCAGCUGUGUGAGUUUCUGAUGCAGCAGCCAAAAGUCUGAACGCUGACAGAGUGAUUUCUGUUUUAUUUCCUCCUCUACCUUCCACUGUAAGGUAACUGUCGACCUCUUUCUGACACGGGACCAGCAGUUGAGUGCGUCUUUCCAGCGCUGGGCAUUGUGCAAUGUUGAACAGUAAUUCACUGAAGGGGAAACUUGACUUCGAUGUUUUUAAUUAAGGUACCUUUUUAACAUCAAUGUGAAUAGAAACAAUUCCAAUCCAAUAAAGGAUCAUUUUUAAUGAAA